GUACAGUAGUCUUCUUUCAUUGACCAAGAGUGAAGUCGACAACAUCAGUCGUCACAACUUCAGGCACAGCAAUGAAUGACUCAGACACUUCCUACGACUACAACUAUGAAGAUGAAGUAUGCGAAAAAGGCGAGGUGAUCCAAUUCGGCUCCUUUGUGGUUCCUGUUUUCUUCUCUGUUGUGAUCACGCUGAGCCUCAUCGGAAACCUCCUGGUCCUCGUCAUCCUGGCUUUGUACGAGAACCUCAAAUCCCUCACCAACAUUCUAAUCCUCAAUCUGGCCGUGUCCGACCUGCUUUUCACCAGCGGUCUCCCCUUCUGGACCAUCUACCACAUGUGGGGCUGGCUGUUCCACAAGGCCCUCUGCAAAAUCGUCACUUUUGUCUUCUUUGUCGGCUUUUACAGCAGCGUACUCUUCCUCACCAUCAUGACCGUCUACAGAUACCUGACCGUGGUCCGCCCGCUGUCCGACCUGAGACCACGAAACGUCAAAGUGGGGGUUUUGGUGUCCGUCCUGCUGUGGAUCGUCAGCAUCGGGGCGGCCGUGCCCUCGCUGCUCUUCAGUACCGUCGUCUCUAUCCCCGGCAAGGACAAACCAUCCUUGGGCUGUGAAUACGAGGAUGACCUGUGGGCAACGGUUGGCGUUUCCCAACAGAACCUCUUCUUCUUGGUCGCUUCUGUGGUGAUGGCUUUCUGCUACUGCAAAAUACUGGGCAGAAUCACGAGAACCAGAUCGCACACGAAGACCCGAGCAGUGAAACUCGUCUUGUGCAUCGUGGCCGUCUUCUUCCUGGGCUGGGUGCCAUACAAUGUGGUGAUCUUUCUGAGGCUUUUGUCCAACAAGUUGGUUCCGCCUUUUGAAGACUGCAACGUAAGUAUCCGACUCGAUUAUGCGUUCUACGUGUGCCGGCUCAUUGCCUUCUCUCACUGCUUCCUCAACCCCGUCUUUUACGCAUUGGUCGGCGUGAGGUUCAGGGGUCACCUGAAGACAAUGUUCAGUAAAAUGUUCAGAGGACCAAGCACGGUUGAGACAGAGCAGGGACGGGUGCGAAACUUUAUCUCACAGGGAUCAAUGUAUUAGAUGCUGUUCAAAUUGAUCUAUUUGCCAUGAUCGAAACUACUAAAACUCUUAAAAUAGAAAAUUCCCACCAUUUGUUGGAAAGGAUUUGAAUGCUACAGUAAAAUUAUUCACUGCUAAACACUGUCACUUUUGGUAUGUUGCUCUGGUAAACCAGUUAAAGAAGUCAAUGACCCAUAUCUGAAAUAUGAUGGAAACACGCUUUAUAUUUACUUCACAAACGUACUAUAUGUGUGUAUACAUACAGAGUUGGGUUAGUUCGUAGGUGGGGUUAGGAUUAAUGGUUAGCGUCAGGGUAAAGAAAGUGGGUAGGGAAUAUGGUUGGUUAGGGUUUGGGAUGAAGGUUGUGGUUGGGUUGCAUGGAAUAUGCCCAAGGGAAUCCCCAAUAUCCACCACCCGACGUAUUUUAAACUUCUACGUUGCCAGCGACUCAGUCACUGCAUACCAACACCAAGUCUUUCAUUCCACUCAACUAAACCACAAGCAUAACACUGUAUCACAACUCCAUCUACUUACUAUUUCCUGCGGUGUUCAAAUCCCCUCAACCCAGAAUAAUCAAUCCAAGAGCAUUUGAGCUGCCUCAUACUCUGUACUGCAAAAUGUUUGGUACGCAAAUCUGCAGCAAUAUACUUGCAUCCGAUGCUCUUUUAAUAUUUUCAGUGUGCAACACCUAUGUGCACCCGUGCCUAUAGGGUAUGGUUGAGGCUACAGUUAGGGUGUUUGGGUAACGAUUUGGAGGUUAGGGUUAUUGUACAUUUGUAGAAAAAUAAACCAGUUAGAUAAGUACAGUACAAUGAAGUUUUUGUUAACACUAUUAAAUGCAUCCAGACAAUCAGUGGUAUUAAAUAAAACAUUUGGUUUUACAGUUUUAAACUAUUUUAUAUCCACACGAUUGCAAUUGUCUAUUUUUAUGUCAACUUUCCAAUCCUGAAGUCCUUAUGAACAGAGACAAUUGUUAUAUGAAAUGUUCACAAAAGCAUUGUGGAAGAUACAUUCAUUGACUAACACUUUUGUUUUUGCUUCCUUUUUAAACCUAUUGCCAAAUGAUGUGAUUUGUAUGUGGAAUGUGAUUUUAACAGAUACAUGACUGUACUUUAUGAUCAAAUAUACUAUA